CGUGCCUCUGUGCGUCAUUUCAGAGAGGACCAGUCAAUCGGUCACGUAUUAUGCGAUGAUAUUAGUGACUAACAAGGCUAUAGCCGAUUAAAAGAGGUGUUUUUUACUCGUUGAAGUACAGCGGGCGCAUAUAAAUGCUAUACCGUGCACUGUCGCAAUCGUAAAGCGGUAGUUUUAUGCCAAAUAAUUGGCUAAUUUGAAUCUGACGCGCGGUGUCAACACAAAGGCCUAUGUAGCUGGUUAGCAUUAUCUCCUCAGCUAGCUAGCAAGAGGUUGAACGCCAACCUCUGCUGCAGCAAAGUGACUGGCGUGUCAUUUUAAUGUUUUAUAUGUUACGCAGUUAAUCUCUCCUGCCGAGAAGACGUUUGAGUGUUUUCUUGCCUCUCCGCUAUAAUGGAGGAAGACGGUGCAGUGGUCAUGCAGCAGAAUUUGGACAGGAGCUGCUGGGUGUGCUUUGCCACAGAGGAGGACGACCGCACAGCAGAGUGGGUGCGACCAUGUCACUGCCGUGGCUCCACCAAGUGGGUUCAUCAGGCUUGCUUGCAGCGCUGGGUGGAUGAAAAGCAGCGGGGCAACAGCACAGCUCGCGUGGCCUGCCCUCAGUGUAAUGCAGAAUACCUCAUCGUCUUUCCUAAAUUAGGUCCAGUGGUCUACGUGCUGGACCUCGCCGACCGGCUCAUCUCUAAGGCAGGACCCUUUGCGGCUGCUGGCAUCAUGGUGGGCUCCAUCUACUGGACUGCUGUCACAUACGGAGCCGUGACCGUCAUGCAGGUGGUGGGUCAUAAAGAGGGCCUGGACGUCAUGGAGCGGGCCGACCCCUUGUUUCUGCUCAUUGGCCUGCCCACCAUCCCCGUCAUGCUGAUCCUUGGCAAGAUGAUCCGCUGGGAGGACUACGUCCUGCGUCUGUGGAGGAAAUAUUCUAACAAACUGCAGAUCCUCAACAGUAUCUUCCCAGGGAUUGGCUGCCCGGUUCCUCGGAUCCCCGCAGAGGCCAGCCCCCUCGCGGACCACGUGUCGGCCACGCGCAUCCUGUGCGGCGCCCUCGUCUUCCCCACCAUCGCCACCAUCGUCGGGAAGCUCAUGUUCAGUAGUGUCAACUCCAACCUGCAGAGGACCAUCCUGGGAGGCAUUGCCUUUGUUGCCAUCAAGGGAGCGUUUAAGGUUUACUUCAAACAGCAGCAGUACAUGAGGCAAGCCCACCGUAAGAUCCUCAACUUCCCUGAGCAGGAGGAAGCCUGAGGAGGAGGAGGAGGAGGAGGAGGGAGGAGGGAGGACGGC